UGGCACACUCCUAACUAUUUCCAUGCAAAACAAAAACCAUUCUUCCCAUCAUUUCACCUACCCUUUGUGUCCCUCAAUAACUUCACGUCUACCGCUCCUCAUUCUGGCAUGGAGGAGCGGUCACCACCAGCUGCCGGCAAUGUAAACGGCAAAGCAAGAAAUCUCCUUUCAUCAACCACAUCGCUCCGCCUCUCUCUCACGCCGUCUCGUUCACCAGAUCAGACCUACGUUGUCCAAAUCCCACGUGAUCAAGUUUAUCGUGUCCCUCCUCCUGAAAAUGCCCGAAUUGUUGAAAAUCAUCGUAAGCCAGAUUCUCAAAAGAAAAACAAAUGCACAUGUUGUUGUUGGAUCCUAUCUGUGUUAAUCGGUCUUGCUAUCAUGAUAGGAAAUAUCGUGUUGAUCAUACGCGCAUUGUACACUCCCAAAUGUCCUGAAUUUUCCAUCACUAAUAUCCAUAUUAAGAACUUUACACACCCUUCAAAUGGUCAUGGCCAAAACAAUAAUAUUCAUCCGCAGCCACACCCUCAAUUUGAGAUCGAGUUGAAAAUUGUUAACGAGAACGAGAGAAUGGAUGUAGCGUUUGGUAAAGGAAAUAACGGGAAGGCUACCCUUAUUUUCAAGAAACAUGAAAUUGGACAAGGGAAAUAUCCCUCAAUUUCCCAAAAACCUAAAGAUUCAACGAAUGUACAUUUCAACCUUGACGUUGGGAAAUUGGCUGGUGAUAUUGAGAAAGGUCUUGAGGAUGAUAAGAAGCCGAUAAUGAUGACCUUGAGCGUCCAUGCACCAUUGGAGAUCACGAGCUGGGCAAAAGAUUUGAAAAAGAAUUUGAUUGUUACUUGUGAUUUCGACGUGGAAUCGUUGAUGACAAAUAAAUCCAAGAUUAAAGCCGAAGUCUGUCAGACUGAUUUCUAAUGCCACGAAUUAAGUAAUUGACAGGUGAAAGGAAAAUUUUAACAGUUAUAUGUAAUUUUCUUCGUGGUAUAGAUGCAUGUAUUCGUCAUUAUCAUCGUCUCUGUUUCGGUUAAUUUUAACAGUUAACCUAAUUUUCAUUGUUCUUCGAAAUUCGCGCGCCUUCUGUUGUAUAAGGUACUAUAUAACUUGGAUUUUUUAGAUUGAAUGAAGUGUAAAGUAUUCUACUUUACCUCCUUAGAUUUUUGUAAA